UACGGUAGCUAUGAAGAGACUUGUGCAGCGCAUGUAUCGUCUGCGCAUGCGCGAUCCGCUUCCUGCUAACAUCAUGGCGCAGCAAGAGCCGAAUGGAGAUUUUCCAUAUUUACCUUCAGGGGCGGCCGAGGUGAACCGAAUGAUAAAAGAGCACAGUGACUUGUUCUCUGAUUCACAGUGUAAAGUGUGUAGCGCUGUCUUAAUCUCAGAAUCCCAGAAACUUGCACAUUACCAGAGCAAAAAACAUGCGAGCAAAGUACGCCGGUACAUGAGCAUUCAUGGUAAUGAGGAGCCCAUCGCAAAACGGUUCAAGCCUGCAGGUGAUAUAAGUAAUGUCGAGGAAGGGGACAAAUACAAAGCCUGCAAUGUGUGCAACAUGACAUUCUCUUCCCCGGUAGUGGCACAGUCACAUUACCAGGGCAAAGUUCACUCCAAGAACCUUCGCUUGAAGACCUUCGGUCAGCAGACUCCUGCAUUACCUCAGCCCAAAGCACAGGUGAAGAAGGAUGAAGGGCUACCUGAAGGUGGGCAGGGGCCAGCAAAUCGGGACCCCAACCGCUUCUGCUCCAUCUGUCAAUCUUCCUUCAACAAUCCACUCAUGGCUCAGCAGCACUACAGUGGCAAGAAACAUAAAAAACACCUGACUAAACAGAAGCUGAUGGAGACCUAUGGGCCGUCCUCUGCACCAGCCUCCACACUGAAGGGCUACCCAUGUACUGUGUGCAACAUUGAACUGAACUCCGUGGAGCAGUACCAGGCCCACAUCACCGGUUCCAAACACAAUAACCAUGUCAAACUCAAGAAGGGGCCAAAUGCAUUUGCCGGCCCCCCUGAGAACUACCAGCCCGAUUUCCCGUUUCUAUCCAACCAGGAAGGACCAGAGGACGCAGGGGACUGGGACAGCUUCAACGUGGGCUAUGAGUGAGAAGACGCUGUCAGCCGUCGCUGUCCUCUGCUCAUUUGUGACAAGCUUCCUCUGUUUAGGCACAGGUCAAUGUGUGUCUGCAGUGUGCAUCUCCUAAUGCCAGCUUUUCUCUUUCUGUCUAUUCUUGACGCUCUCACACACGGUUGAGGGACCACAAUAAACUUCCACAGCACCCCCCCCCCCCCUCUAAAACU